AUGGAACGACGGUGGUGGGAUGAACUGACUUGUAUUCUUUGCCUUGCAAUCGGAACGAUGUGCCUUAUGAACGGAUACGACACACAGUCAUUUAUUGUGGAACCAGUGCUGCAUUCGGUCCACAUGAGAGAACCUGGAACGAUUGCAAAACAUGCAGGAUACUACGGGCAAGCAGUCCUCUAUGCAGCUUAUACGUUAGCAACACUGUUUGCUCCUUGGAUUUGCUAUCGUGUUGGUUCGAAAUGGUCACUGUUUGCUGGAAGUCUACUGUUCACCAUGUAUCAAGCUGGAUUCUUCAUGCUCAAUUCCUAUUAUUACUACCUGUCUCAGGCACUUAUGGGAAUUGGUUUCGCAUGUGAGGUUUUUUCAAACUCGAAAUGUGCUCCCCAGCAUAACGUGACCUGA